GCAGUUUCAUUGCCGCCUGUUCGGAAGUUCUGUAAAGAUCACAAAAUAAAAUAUAGCAUGGCGUAUGUGGCGUUCCCGCAAGCAAACAGUCAGGUAGAGUCAUCCAACAAUUCCAUUCUUUGAGGUUUGAAAAGAAGGCUAGGCGAAACGAAAGGCGCCUGGACAACUGAGCUCCCCCACAUCCUUUGGGACCACCGCACCACCUACAAAACGGCGACCGGAGAAACACCAUUUGCCCUAACCUACGGGUGUGAGGCCAUGGUGCCAACAAGGUGCAACUUCCAACGCUCCGCGUCUGAGCCUACGCUUCAGAGGAAAAUCACUCCAACUUGCUCCACCAGCUGAACAUGACGGAGGAGAGACGAGAAGCAGCGCUAAAGCGCACCAUCGCCGAGAAAGAGAAGGUGGCCAAACCGUACAACAGCAAAGUCUGGUCCCGCCUACUGGAGGAAGGGGAUAUGGCGCUCAAGAGGAUCUUCGACAGAAAAGAGAAGGAAAGGCACGGCCAGUUGGCGGCCAAAUGGGAAGGGCCCUACCUCAUAAGUGACAUGAUAGGCCCCAGCAUGUACAAGCUCGCCAUCAUGAGAGGAGAGGCAGUAAGCAAGACAUGGAAUUCACUACAUUUGCGCAAAUAUUAUUCAGCCGAAGAAGAGAUGUAAUCAUGUUUUUAAACUAUCAAUGCAAGAGCGUUCGUGGAACGCUCAAGCUCAAUCAAUACAAUUACACUUUUCGUGGAAUGCCUACAUCUAAAAAAAGGAUAGGAUCUCACUCAUAAAAUCCCACCCCGAGGCAGAGCGAAUCCAAAAUGAACGCAUCCCGGGACAUGGUCAUUCAUAACACGCCCCCCGUAGGCAGAAUGACCCCCCGCGGAAUGCCCUAAGGGGCAGGAUCUCGCUCAUAAAAUGCCACCUCGAGGUAGAGAAAAUCCCAAACAAACGCAUCUCAGGACAUGGUCAUUCAUAACACGCCACCACGUAGGCAGAAUGACCGUCCGUUGAAUGCCCUAAGGGGCAAAAUCUAGCUCAUAAAACGCCACCCCGACGCAGAGCGAAUCCCAAAUGAACGCAUUCCGGGACAUGAUCAUUCAUAACACGCCACACCGUAGGCAGAAUGACCGUCCGCGGAAUGACCCAAGGGGCAGGAUCUCGCUCAUAAAACGCCACCCCGAGGCAGAGCGAAUACCAAACAAACGCAUCCCGGGACAUGAUCAUUCAUAACACGCCACCCCGUAGGCAGAAUGACCGCCCGCAGAAUGCCCUAAGGGGCAGGAUCUCGCUCAUAAAAAGCUACCCUGAGGCAGAGCGAAUCCCAAACGAACGCAUCCCGGGACAUGGUCAUUCAUAACACGCCACCCCGUAGGCAGAAUGACUGCCCGCGAAGGCCCUAAGGGGCAGGAUCUCGCUCAUAAAACGCCACCCCGAAGUAGAGUGAAUCCCAAAUAACGCACCCCGAGACAUGGUCAUUCAUAACACGUCACCCCGUAGGCAGAAUGAUGGCCUGCGGAAUGCCCUUAGGGGCAGGAUCUCGGUUAUAAAAUGCUGCCCCGAGGCAGAGCGAAUCCCAAAUAACGCAUCCCGAGACAUGGUCAUUCAUACCACGCCACCCUGUAGGUAGAAUGAUCUCCCGCGAAUUCCCUAAGGGGCAGGAUCUCGCUCAUAAAACGCCACCCAGAGGCAGACGGAAUCGCAAAUAACGCAUCCUGGGACAUGGUCAUUCAUAACACGCCACCCCGUAGGAAGAAUGACUGCCAGCAGAAUGCCCUAACUGGCAGGAUCUCGCUCAUAAAAUGCCACCCUGAGGCAGAGCGAAUGCCAAAGAAAAGCAUCCCGGGACAUGGUCAUUCAUAACAUGCCACCCCGUAGGCAGAAUGACCGCCCGCGGAAUGCCCUAAGGGGCAGGAUCUCGAUCAUAAAACGCCACCCCGAGGCAUAGCGAAUCCCAAAUGAACGCAUCUCGGGACU